AUGAGUGAUACCGAAUUUCUUACGUUUUUAAGCAAAGGAGUCUUAAAAUGGAACUUUGUCGAGGAUAUCACAGACAUUCAAGAACAAAAUAAUGGUGAUGGUAAAAAAUCUAUACUAGAAGAAAUAUUUCCUCCCAGAGUAUGGACUCGCAUUGAUAACAAUAACAAGACGUUAACUUUGAGACAAACGAUUUCCAGAGAACCAUCAAACAGGGACAGUGUAUCCAAAAUGAUUGCUACAUUGAACCAUUUAGAACAGCUUUAUCAAUUUCAGCAAAAAGGGAUAUGCGAAACAAGAAACUCUGUUUACAAUUUAUUUUUCGAUGAAGUCUUGAGACAAGUCAUAAUUAUGGACGAAGAUCUUGGAGCAAUUUUAUACAGGAUUCACAACGAGUUUAAGAAUAUGAUUUUUAUCUUCAAAUGUAUGUACGAUAAGGCGGUGGUGACUAAUAAUUUGUACCCGGAUUCAUCGAACGUCGACCCUAAAUUGUUAAUGGAAGUUGAAGACUUGACAAGAAUCAAUAAUGAAUURAAAAUAAAAUGUAGAAUUUCAAAACAGAAAUAUUUAGACAGGUUGAAGAAAAAAGAGUCGGGUGAGGAUUAUAAAUUUCUAGUUUCAUUGAAAAUGAAAUAUAAAAUGCUGAUGAACUACAUAAAAAGAUCAACCGAACAACUCAAAGAACAAAUGAAUAUGAUGACGCCGUCGACAAAGACUUCCUAUCUGAUCCAAAGUAAAGUCAAUUCCACUAAGUUGUAA